UGGGGGCAAGCAGAGUAGCAGGGCCAGGGCAUACAGGGUCCAGGCCAAUGGCCGGCCGUCUUAGCUCUGCAGCCUCCCCCACCCUCACGCACACCUGUCACGCCCGGCGCGCCCCCUGCCCGCACGCGCGCGGCCCACGCAGCUCUGGACGCAGGCGGCCGAGGUUGCUGAGUCCCUCGACUCCGAGUCGCCAGGGGCCAGGCAGUGGUUGGGUGGCUGCGGUCGGUCGUGACAGGUGGCUGCAAGCAGGGUCUCAGACAUGCUGCUGCUCAAGAAACAGACGGAGGACAUCAGCAGUGUCUAUGAGAUCCGGGAGAAGCUGGGCUCGGGUGCCUUUUCUGAGGUGAUGCUGGCCCAGGAAAGGGGCUCUGCUCAUCUUGUGGCCCUCAAGUGCAUCCCCAAGAAAGCACUUCGUGGCAAGGAGGCUCUGGUGGAGAAUGAGAUCGCAGUACUCCGCAGGAUCAGCCACCCCAACAUUGUGGCUCUGGAAGAUGUUCAUGAGAGUCCUUCUCACCUCUACUUGGCCAUGGAGCUGGUGACAGGUGGUGAACUGUUUGAUCGUAUCAUGGAGAGGGGCUCCUACACAGAGAAGGAUGCCAGCCACCUUGUAGGGCAGGUCCUUGGUGCUGUCUCCUAUCUUCAUAGCCUGGGCAUUGUGCACCGGGACCUCAAGCCUGAAAACCUCCUCUAUGCCACACCCUUUGAGGACUCCAAGAUCAUGGUCUCUGACUUUGGCCUGUCCAAAAUACAAGCUGGCAACAUGCUAGGCACAGCCUGUGGGACCCCAGGAUAUGUGGCCCCAGAGCUCCUGGAGCAGAAACCCUACGGGAAGGCUGUAGAUGUGUGGGCCCUGGGUGUCAUCUCCUACAUCCUGCUGUGUGGGUACCCCCCCUUCUACGACGAGAGCGACCCUGAACUCUUCAGCCAGAUUCUGAGGGCUAGCUACGAGUUCGAUUCUCCCUUUUGGGAUGACAUCUCAGAAUCAGCCAAAGACUUCAUCAGGCACCUGCUGGAGCGUGAUCCCCAGAAGAGGUUCACCUGCCAACAGGCCUUACAGCAUCUUUGGAUAUCUGGGGAUGCAGCUUUGGACAAGGACAUCCUGGGUUCUGUCAGUGAGCAGAUCCAGAAGAAUUUUGCCCGGACUCACUGGAAGCGAGCAUUCAAUGCCACAUCAUUCCUUCGUCACAUCCGUAAGCUGGGGCAGAGCCCAGAGGGUGAGGUGGCCUCCCGGCAGUGUAUGACCCGUCACAGUCACCCAGGCCUUGGGAGUAGCCAGUCCCAUCAGUGGUGAAAACCAGGUGUGUAG